GAAGAACUUUCCCAGGAGAGAGGUAAGAGACCAUCAGUUUUUGGGUGUGCCUGUCUGUUCAUAGAUAAACCCUUCCUCAUGCUUCUCAUCCCCAGCCUGCCCCUCCCAGGAUUGAGAAGAUGCUUCCAGACCAGGAUUGGUGCAAUGUUUAUCCAACAGCAGCUCCGUUCAAGCCGUCGGCAGUGCCCCUCCCUGUCCGCAUGGGGUAUCCUGUAAAGAGAGGAGUCCCACCGGAGAAGACCGGAAACUUGGAGCUUGUCAAGAUCCCAAACUUCCUGCACCUGAUGCCUGUGGCUAUCAGAAAUCACUGUGCCGCUCUGAAAGAAUUUUGCACCCAGUGGCCGUCUGCGCUUUCCAGCGAUGAGCUGAGUGAAAAGCAUUUUCCAAUCGAAUUCCAGACUGUGGAUUAUGUCUCUGCUGGUCCUUCACUCCGGAACCCUAAAGCCCGUGUGGUGAAGCUGUCCAGUCUUAAUCUGGAUGAUCAUUCCAGGAAGAAAUUUAUAAAACUUGCAGGAUCGAGAUACAAUGCAGCAAACGAUACCCUCACCCUCCGCUCUGAUAGGAUUCUGCAGAGGGUGGAGACCAACACAAACCAACUACAGAGAAUCAAUGGCCGACUGAGCCUUGCACAAGCAACGAUAGAAAGGCUCAAAGGCAACAAGAAAGCUAUUAAGACAGCAGAGAAUCACUUCUAUGUACCAGACCUGGAACAGGUCCCCGAAAUAGAUGUCCCUUACUCUCUGCCGGACUUGCUGGGGGUGGCUGAUGAUCUCAUGUACAGCGCUGACCUUGGGCCUGGUAUCGCUCCUAAUGCACCCGGAGUUCCUAUCCCUGAUUUAUAUAAAUAUAUACAGAAAACGGAAGCCUGGGAAAGUGAGAAAGAGGAAAGUGACAUGGAGGAAUUCACGUGGGAAGGGAGCAGAUCGGAGAAGAGCGCCCUAGAAACUCUUCUUAGGGGGAGAUUCAGUUCCACUCCACAAGAGCAAAUCCUGCAGAACCCCACCGUGCAGCAGUACCGCAGCGCUGAACUUGCACAACCAAGGCGAGCGGGAGGAGAGUAUUGAGCGCUACAAGGAGAGUGUAAAGAGCAUGCUGGGAAUUAUAUGAUAGCCAUAGAUCCAGAUACCCAGGGGGGUCUCCAGGACAUGUGAUUUUGUACAGCUUUGCAGACUGACUUGCUGUUAACCCAACCAUUGGGGGGUCUCAAGCUGCUUCAUGUUGUGGAUGCAGGCUCCACCUAGAGAUUUUUCUUACUUUUUUUUUUGCCUCCUUUUUAUGAGAUUAGAACACCACUGAACUAAACAUUGUUUCAAUCAGUAAAGGGAUUUUGGAGUUAAAGGGGAAGUAAAGUCUAAAAUAGAAUAAGGCUAGAAAUGCUGUAUUUUGUAUACUAAACAUAAACAUGAACUUACUGCA